AUGGAAAAUAAACUAGUGAGAGGUGGAAAUCGGAAAGAACGAUUAUUUGACAGUAUCGAUAGUAUUGAACAGCAUAAGAAUGACCAUUAUGUUGAUAUUCAAAAUGAAGGCUAUAAAACACGAAAACUGAUGGAAUCAGCCCAUGGUUACCAGAUUCCACUUAAACAGCUCCAGGUGCAUGAUAAACAGUCAUUAGUUCACAAUACACAUAAUCGCGUGGAAAUUCGACGAAGAAACGACCGUUAUUUUGACAUCAAAAAGUCUCCCGGCUGUCUGAAAUGCUUUGUUACCGUAAUGUUUUGUCUUCGUUCCCCCAUUGAUGGCUAUGAAAAUACGCCUCUUCAUCCAUCAGAUAUUGCUGUUCAACAGCCCGAAUUACUCAUAUCUGAUGUUCAGUUGAAAGCUGAAAAAGCAAAACAAGAAUGCAACCAAGCAACCAAGGACGGUCUCACAGAAGACGAAUCAGCUGCUAUUUAUUUGUAUACAAUGGAAUGGGAAUCAGGCGCUCCGAGUCUUUAUCAUUUGUUGAACGAAACAUUGCGCGAGAAAACGGGUAGGCAACAACUCGAACCAUGGUUUUUAUAUUUGAAAUUGUUUUUAACAGCUCUUCUUAAAUUACCUUCUAAACAACAAACAAUAUGGCGCGGUGUUAGAAAAGAUUUGAGUAAACAGUACCAAAUUGGUCAACGAGCCUCGUUGACCAAUUUGGAAGUUCAACCAACGGAGCUAUUGUUAGCAUUACAGUUGACACUGAAGGAAAUCCAAACUGAAAUUGACCAAAAUCAUAGGAGGGCGGAUUUUAAAAAAUUUCAACUAAUAGCUGAACCAAAACAAGAACCAAGUGAGUACGGCAAUAAAACAGGUGUCUGUCACAUUCAAGGCGACCCUCAUUUGUUGAUGUUUCCGGAAAAGCUCAAAGGUGAGCGAGUACAAUAUUGGUGUCGACUACUUGGUGUACAUCCGUUGUUAUGCAAUAAAUAUGUUACCGCAACAGUUAGUGUAACUGAACAAUAUUAG